UCGUCCCUAAAAUAAACAGAUAGCUGCCUGUAACUAGAGUGUGCUUCUAUAAACAUGUAAACACCAUUUCAGCAGGUUGUUAUAAAACUACACCUUUGCGGUGCAAUUGUUGAUGAAUGUGCCGGGUUAGCUAAACGACAUGGGCUCCAGUGACGUUGCAGACAAGAAGUGGAUCGACUGCCUGGCAGCUUCACUUUCCAGUUUCCACCCCUCCACCCCCCUUGUGAAGACGUUGUCACCACGCACCCUCCCAUUAUACACUCUCGAAACGAUGUCAGAGACAACUGGUGCUUCUCUGGAGGCUGACAGGGCAGCCGAGCAAGCCCGCCAGCGCAAGGCCAAACGCGAGGCGAAGCUCAAGGCGGGUGGCUCUACUCGACUGGACAAGAUCACUGGCAUGAGUGGCCGACCCAAAGCUGACUUUGACCCCCCGCCACCCGAUGAGGCACCCAAGACAGCAGCCGCCGCAGCUACGGCCUCAGCUAUCCCUGCCCCCGACGCUGACCCCGAAGAGGUGGACAUUUCGCAACAUUUCUACGCACCACAGGCCACUGCUCGAUCGAAGAACACAACGCCACCCGGCCCUCAACCUGAAAUCUCGGAAGACGCUCUGCGUCAGAUGAUGCUCGGGUUCGAUCCCGCACAAAAUCCACGAGCUGGCGCGGCUGGCGCCCAGGGCCCGCCACCAUUUCCAGUUGCACCCGGUGCGGAGGACGAUCCCAUCAUGAAGAUGAUGUCCCAGAUGAUGGGCGGCGCUGAUGGUGCUGGAGGACCGAACCCCUUUGCUGGCAUGCCAAACCUGGGAGGCUUUCAGCAGCAGGCGUCCGGACCCCAGCCCAUCGAUUCCUCCUAUACCGCUCUGUGGCGCGUGCUCCACGCCAUUGUCGCCCUUGGCCUUGGUCUUUAUAUCACUAUCCUGACACCUUUUACCGGUACGAAGAUUGAACGCGAGACUGCUUCUCUGGGGGAGAAUGAGCACCAGAAGCGAAUGUUCUUCUGGGUGUUUGCCACAGCUGAAGCUUGUCUUCUGACGACGCGCUUCUUUCUAGACAAGGGACGGGCACCGCCGCCCGGCAUCGCUUGGACGUUGACUGGGUACCUGCCUGAGCCAUGGAAAGGAUACGUGCAGGCUGUCAUGCGGUACGGACAGAUUUUCACAACGGUACGAGCGGAUAUACUGGGCUGCAUGUUUGUACUGGGUGCUUGUCACUGGUGGAGAACGUCAAAUGUAGUGUAUUAGACUGCGCCAUGCGCAUGCAAAUG